GCGGCCACGGCCAUGCAGUUCUUCACCAAGGGCUACCAGGAGACCAUCGCAGAUGUUCUGAAUGAUGCCAUCUUCGAUGAAGAUCACGAUGAGAUGGUAAUUGUGAAGGACAUAGACAUGUUUUCACUGUGUGAACAUCACCUGGUUCCGUUUGUUGGAAAGGUACAUAUUGGUUAUCUUCCCAACAAACAAGUCCUUGGUCUCAGCAAGCUUGCUAGGAUUGUGGAGAUAUACAGUAGAAGAUUACAAGUCCAGGAGCGCCUUACCAAACAAAUUGCAGUAGCCAUCACCGAAGCCUUACAGCCCGCUGGCGUCGGAGUGGUUAUCGAAGCAACGCACAUGUGCAUGGUAAUGCGUGGGGUCCAGAAGAUGAACAGUAAAACAGUGACUAGCACAAUGCUGGGCGUAUUCCGGGAGGAUCCAAAGACUCGCGAGGAAUUCUUGUCGCUCAUCAGAAGCUGAAACGGUGCCGUUCUCCGAAUGCACUCUCCCCGGUCGUGCCGUCCCGUGUCCGUCUGUCCCUCACCAUUUGUACAUCUGAUUUUUAACCCGAGCUGUUGUGAGUUGUUGUCCUAACUUGUGCAGUAUGAGGCUUGCGCGCAAGCCCAAAUGUAACAAAGAGAUAGGUCCUGUGAAUCUCUAAACUGUCUCUCGUGUCACAGGGGAACACAGCUACCAAUAGUUUUUAAUUAUGCUGUCUCCCGUCUACAACACAAAAUCGACCGCCAUCGGAAGAAGCGGCAGAAGGGUGGGAAAGAAGAGCCUGUUUCUAAUGUAAACCUGUCUUUGGUAAAUGAAGUACGGUGUGACAUAGGAAAUACUGAAAAGCUGCAGAGUUUUUUGCAAGGUCACGUACAUGCAUCAAUGCCUGAACAGGAAGCUCCUGAAUUCUCUCCCAGGACAGUUCAGGACUCCUACGGUAACUUUAAUUGCAGCUUGUCUGCCGUGUCUCGCUUCGGUCUCUGAACGUGUAUGUUAUACCUCUUUGUGUGACCCGAGUCUGGUGAGGAUAUGUAUUUUGUUAGCAUUCGCCUGCCUCCUUCUGUUGUUUUAUGGUGAAUUAAAGACGCUUGUUUUCUAGUCCUUACCUUGCAGGGAACUAAUUUCUAAACAAUUCAGGGGUAUAGUCUUACCUGUCUUCAGGGUUUUACGCACCUUCCUCUGCCUCAGCGUGAGAAGAUUUUACCAGUCAACGUUUAAUUUUUUUUUUUUAAAGGAAUCUUUAUACAACCCGCUGUUGAGUUGGCAAGGGAGCUAAUGACUCCAACGAGGUUUUUUGACCACUUUAUCUCGUUGAAUUUGCCUCCUUGGAUUUUUUGAUGGGUUGAUUGGACUAGACUGACAGUUUCCUUUUAGAAUAUUUCAAGUUUCUAGUUCAUUGGGCCAAAGCUUUGGGAAGGAGCUCGCUAACGCUGCCCACUCUCCAUGUCCUUUCUGAGAGGGUGUAAUUCUGUGGCAGGGACCCUUGUAAAUGCACUGGCGUCAUUGUUCAGUUGGCCCCUUGUAUAGGGACAACCGAGCCAUGUAUUUCCAGGGACACCAAACACACGUUAAACCUCAGCAUGGAAAAUCAGACAGCAAACUGCACUGGAUCUAGUUGAUUAAAUCCUUAGGAAAGAAUUAAUGAGUACUCUCUGACUCUUUAAUUGGGACAAUACAAUACAACGCACAAAUCACUCCCUCCCCUUAGAACUAGCAAAAAAUAUGCUUUGCAUACUUUAUUAUUAUUAUUAUUAUUAUUAUUAUAGGACUACAGUUUAAUUUAAUAUGGCACAAUAUAUGCUUCUGGGUGUUACUAUAUGAAGUCCACCAUGUGCUCACCUCCCUGGUGAAUCUUGGUCUUACAAGCUGCAGUGUCCUGACCCAGCACACAUUUUUGCCUCUCUUUUCUCAACCUUUACUAGAAGCAAAGUGAAAAAAUGCCAGGCUUAGUUUCCAUCAGGCCUGAAGCUUUACAGCAGGGUGACUGCAAGGACUAAAAGGGUGGCCUUCCCUUAUUACAGCUCUGUAAUUGCCAGCACCACUCACUGCCAGUAAUUUCCAGAAACACACUGAAGAUGUCUCUGCUUAAUUACACCAGCUGGGAUUUGUCAUUUAAUGCACUGUACAGGAUAUUGUGUUCAGUCUGAAAACACUAAUCUCACUACUGCCAGGAUGGACACGCUCAAUGCAUUGCUCUGUGGCACUUGAACUGUCCUGGGCCUACCUUGUUGUUCACACAUGCACACAAAGUCACUUUAUUUUUAUUUAUUUUUUUUUAAUGAAAGCGCUCAAUUUCUACUGACUCUGAGAGCAGAAUUUGACUAUUUUGAGUUUAAUAUAUUUUUAUUCGUUUUUGGUUUAAAAGCCUUAAGUCAUACUUGUCUGGAGUUCAGAGGAAGAGGGUUUUUUUCUUUUUUUUUUUUCUUUUUGUCUUAGCAACUUCAGAACAUUUUUAAGGACCAAAGACGCAUGCGCACUGCUACUUUCCCGAACUCACUUUCAUUUGGUUGCAACCGCCUGUCUCUUGUAAAGCAUUGUCUUGCACCUGAGAUAACAGAAUGGGUUGGGUGUUAGCUAUUUAUUCAGGAUAAAGUUCUCACUAGGGCACCAGGCUUUGGUAUUUUAUUUCAACAUCAUCUAUAGUCUUGGGAACAUACCUCUAUUUGUAUGCGUGGCCUUGGAUUUUGUUCAGACUUUUGUAGGCUGUGGUGAGUUUUGGAAUACCGUGUGUUUGAUGAUAAUGAGCUUUAACUACAUCCAGUGUAUAUAUGUAUAGGGCAUUACAGUCUGCUGUUGUACUGCAUACAAGUCUAUUGUACCAACACAUUAAAGUGCAGUAUUAUCCUUUGGA